AUGAAUGAAUUAGUAACAAGCGUAACAAUACCUGCAUCUGUGAACCAUCUCGGUGAAUUUGCAUUUACUAGAUGUUCUUCAUUAGAAAACAUCAUAUUUGAAGAAGGUUCUAAUAUUUCUACCAUAUACAUGGGAACAUUUAUGUACACUAAAAUCUCUUCGUUACGAAUAUCAGAAAAAGUAUCUCAAAUUAUAGCAACUACUUAUGUGAAUCCAGUGAUAACAAAUAUGCAAAUCGAUCAAAAUAAUCAGUAUCUAAUUAUCGAGAAUAAUGCUGUUUUUUCCAAAAAUAAAACUGUUUUAUUUUAUUUCCUAAUACUUCCGAGUGAUACAUAUCUGAUUCCGGAUUCUGUAACAACAAUUAAAACAAGUUGCUUCUCACAUUCAACUAUUACAUCAAUAACAAUUCCAAAAAAUGUGAAAAGGAUCGAAGAUCAUGUUUUCUGGUAUUGUCCAAGGUUGAUAAAGGCCGAAUUAUUGGGACCUUUAGACUAUUUUGGAUAUAGUUUAUUUUAUAAUUGUGGAAAUAUCGAGUUAGUUGUUUUCCCAAAUGCUUCAAUGAAACUUAGAAGUUUAGUCGAUUAUACAUAUACUCCUAAAUUAUGUUUAAAAUUCCAAUGUAAAGUUUUAAUAGAUGACUUUACAAUUAAAAGAAUAACCAAAAUUUGGGUUUCAUACAUAAAUGAUACAAAUCUUAUUGUUGACAAAAAUGCAUUGAUAAUGAAUUCUGCUCAAACAAUUAUAUAUGAAUACUGGGGAAUAAAUUAUCUAUUUGGCACAGAAAUACCUAAAACAGUCCAAAUAAUAAAAGAACACGCAUUUGAAAAUUCAUGGGUUCAUAGAUUAAUAAUCGAAAAUGAUACAGAACUUUCUGUGAUUGAAAAUUAUGCAUUCAUGAAUUGUAAAGUAUUAAGAUCUUUUACAUUUUCUUUUCCUCGUUUACAGAGCUUAGGAAUUUCAGUAUUUAAAAAUUGCACAAAAUUAAAUAGUGUAAUAAAUAUUUCAAAUAUCCCUGAUUUGUGUUUUUCUGGGUGCACUAGUUUGGAAAAUGUUACUAUUAAAGAAGGGUCAACAAGAAUUGGGAAUAGAUCAUUUGAGAAUUGCAGUUCUUUAGUAAACACUAGUAUUCCAUCAACCAUAAGACAAAUAAAUUCGGAUGCGUUCAGAAAUUGCAUAAAUCUUACAUCAGUCACAUUUGCAGUGUCUAAUAGUCUUGAAUAUUUAAUACCAUUUGCAUUUUCUGGAUGUAAAUCAAUUGCGAAUAUUAAUAGUUUUGAUUCAUCAAACUAUAAAUGCUUUGAUAAUACUAUUUACUUCAAAAAAGAUUCAAAACUUAACCUCAUUUAUCAUGCAUCAAAUUCACCAGAAAAAGUAUUAAUUAUUAAUUGUGCAACUAUCAGCAAUUAUUUCUUCAAUUACUGCAACAAUAUUGAGAACAUAAGCAUCGCUUCAAACAGUGUUUCUUUAAUAGAAUCGUAUGCAUUUAACAAAUGUCUCAAACUCAAAUAUAUUAAUUUUCCUUUCUCAGUAAAAAUUGUUCAACCUCAUGCAUUUAAUGAAUGCAAUUCAAUUAGAUGUUCAGUUGUUAUUGAAAACAAAUCUAUUGCAUUUGCGAAAAUGAUUGCCGAAUCCGGAAUUCCGCGAAAUGCUGUCAUUAAAUGUGUACUUUAUCAAAAGACAGAUUUUAAAAGUCAAAAUAUGAUAUUUAAGCUUUUCAAUAGAAGACGGUGA